AUGGCUAAACAAGUUACAGAGCCUCUUGGUACUUUGAGGGUACUGAUGUUCCCAUUUUUGGCUUAUGGACACAUCUCUCCAUUUCUAAACGUAGACAAGAAACUCGCGGAUAGGGGAUUCUUGAUUUACCUCUAUUCUACGCCCACCAAUCUCAAAUAUGCCAGCAAGAAAAUCCCCGGAAAGUAUGCUGAUUCGAUUCAGCUUGUCGAACUUCACUUACCAGAAUUACCCGAUCUUCAUCCUCAUUACCAUACGACCAAUGAUCUCCCACUCCAUCUCCAUAACACCCUUCAAAAAGCCCUGAAAAUGUCCAAACCAAAAUUUUCAAAAAUCUUGCAAAAUCUGAAACCUGAUUUGGUGAUUUAUGACAUAUUGCAGCAAUGGGCUGAACGUGUCGCGAAUGAACAGAACAUUCUAGCAGUUAAGCUCCUAACUUCGGGUACAACUGUGUUUUCGUAUUUUACCAUAUCACUGAGUAAACCAGGGGAUGUAUUCCUAUUCCCUCAAAUUUAUCUCAGGAAAAGUGAACAAGUAAAAAUGAAUGAAACUUAA